GCCAUCACGCAAUCAUAAGAAAAGGCAGUGUGCCAGGAGACACGGCAGCACGCCAACAAGCUCAGAUGCCGAAGUGUGCAAUACCAAACCUACUGACAUAGUGAAUAUCCACAAAUCGUCACACUGCAAGUCACUACUUCUUCCGGUCGACUCACGGUUACUUGGCCCCAUUGUCACUCAAUCCCCCACUUUUCGCCCUGCGUGACCUCCUCGUCUACAAUACAUCCAUAGUCCAUACGGGGAUUAUCCAUAUUUCAGAAACUUUCACUUAUCACCUCGACCAUGCAGUCAAUUCAGUCCAUAGAGGGCGCGGGUAUGCCAGGUGUGGACGAGAACGUGGAGGGCAAGCAGCAGAAGCCUAAGACGCUACCAUGCAAGUACUGCAGUAAGCGGUUCAGGCGCGUUGAGCAUGUCCAACGGCAUGAACGGACCCAUACUAAAGAAAAGCCAUUUGCUUGCGGCUGGGCACGUUGCGGAAAGACGUUUGGGCGCAGAGAUCUUCUUGUCCGACACGAGAAACUCGUUCAUCUCAAUGAAGGUUCGAAUAAGGACAACAGUCGGCCGCGGAAGCCGUCGACCGCUGGGCCCAUCCAGCAGAUCUCGCCCGAAAGUCAUCAUGGCGAUACCGAGAUGUUAGGCAUGCCUCGUGCACAACAACACCAGCAACAGCAACAGCAACAACAACAACAACAACAACAACACUAUAAUGCAGAACCUAUCAACCCCAUUCCAGCGCAUACACUGGCACCAGACCCACGCAUCAUGCCCGCCAGAGCUGCAGCUUGCAACCUUGAUUUGUUAUCUGAUGCUGCCACGCAGAUCGCAUCGGCAAACGAAGUGAAUUCGAUCCAGCCCAUGAUGGCUGAUCUUGGUCAACAACCCGGAGGGCUGGCUCGCAUGAAGCCAUACGAAGAUGGUAUGACAUAUGACAGAAGUAGGGAACAAGAAGCGAAUGCCAUGACAAUGGGAUUUCCCGGUCAAGCAUUACCACCGGUAUUUGACGACUAUAAUCUCUUCCUAGACGACUUUGCUUCAACUUCACAUUUCCUGCCGCAAGCAUUUGAAGUCGACCAAAGUCUUGGGAUCUGGCCAAGUAUGCAGAGGGGCGGUCUUUCCAAACCUGCGUCUCAGUUCCCGUCUCGCUUCCCGUCUGUACAGCCUGAUCACAGAGAUCCGUCCGAUGGUGGUGGCAGGGCACACGAUGACUCCAACAGGACGCUCCCCCUACGAGUGUCCGCUAUGGAUCACACCGUGAUCAAAAACCGGUUGGAUGAAUUCUCGUCGGUUUUACCAAACGAUUUCGUAUUUCCUUCUCGCCACACUCUUACGAGAUUUCUCGAGGGCUAUGUAGGCGGAUUUCAUGAACACCUCCCUAUACUCCACCUUCCUACCCUUACGCCUGCAGAACUUUCCCCUGAACUAUUAUUGGCGAUUCUAGCAGUCGGUGCCCAACACAGAUUCGAGAGCCACCGAAGCAAUGCCUUGUGGUAUGCCGCGAAAGCUGUAGCAUUGGAGCAGAUACGACGUCGUAAUAGCCAUGAAGUCCACGGACUACUGCCAACCGCCGCAGCGUAUAGUCCUCACUCAACUCGACCAUCACCAAGCCACGGAUUCCGCCAUUCUUUCAGCUCAAUGCAACAAGACAGGCCAAUGACCCAGGAAACACACCGGGAGCCAUAUUCACCAAACACACCCCAAGCUCGUCUAGAAACAAUACAAGCGUUGCUACUACUCUUCACAGUUGGCUUGUGGGGUGCCAAAGCUAUAUUACAUGAGGCACUAUCAUUACAGAGUCUUCUGGCCAUGCUUGUACGCGAAGAGGGUCUCCUAUCCGAAUCAACUCAAACUGCCGACUGGGAAGCAUGGAUACGUAUCGAAGGGAUGAACCGCACAAAACUCAUCACGUACUGCCUUUUCAAUCUCUGCAGUAUAGCUUACAACAUGCCGCCACUACUACUUACAUCAGAGCUCAAUGUAUGCCUGCCUCAUUCUUCGAAGCUAUGGCGGGCUGAGACCGCCUGGCAAUGGCAAGAAGCUCGUCAUACCUACCCUAGCAUGGACAUAUCCUUCCAAGACGCUUUCUCAAGGCUCUUCAGCCGACCACCACAGGGACCUCCUGCUUACAUGUCGUCUCUUGGAAACUAUGGUCUAAUCCAUGCUAUUUUGCAGCAUGUGUUCUUCCUCAAGCAGACAUGCUUCACGUCAGCGCCUUAUGAGGUCCCGAGAGGCUUAAGACCUGACGAUGUCGAAGAUGUUCUGCAGGCCUUGAGGAUCUGGCAAAUGAGCUUCGAGCAACAUCAAGCCCGUGUAUCUGAAAACGGUCAGCAACUUGCGAGCGACUCUUUUCCUGGCGGGCCUGUUGCAUAUGACUCCACCGCAUUAUUACGAUUAGCUUCUAUACGUUUGUUCACCGACUUGAGUCCUAGUAGAACUCUGGAAACAAGGAACGCAAGCCAGAUCGCGGUUGCCUUUGGGGACGCACCAUACUUGAUUAGAAGCGCACGACUGAAUAAGGCAAUAUUGCAGGCCAUUCAUGCGCUGUCGAUGCUCGUAAAAUUAGGUGUUAACUACGUGGCGAGAAGGAAGUCCGCUGAAUGGAGCAUGCAGCAUUCGUUGUGUAAUCUAGAAUGUGCCAUCUUGCUCUCCAAGUGGUUGAUGACGCUUGCUUCUAUUGGCCCAAGCGACCCUCCUGCAUCUCCGGAUGAACGAAACCUUCUCGAAAUGCUGCGAAGAAUGCUUGAUGAAACUGAAUUCGCCGUGCCAAUCGACCCAUCUCUCUCAGGUGGCCAAGGACAUCCGUCAAUCAUGGACAUAACCAUUCACGACAGCACAAGACUUCGUCAACUUGCGGCUGCUGUCAUCAGAGUAUGGGCAGAGACUUUUAAAGGCAAUCACAUAUUUGAAAUUGUCACAGUUAUUGGAACUGGGCUUGAAGGUUAUGCAGAUUUGAUUGAAAAGCCGCGAGACAGGACGCCUCUAGGAAGACUGGCACCAAACGCUUCCCUGGCUUGAUAUACAGCCGGCUCACCUCGCCGGGAAUUUUGUUCUAGUGAAGUU